AUGGAGCACAACAAAGACUCAACCACGGUCAGCCCGGUAGCUGAUGCUACUGAGACCUCUCGCAAUUUUAGCCUUGCGACACCCACAGAGACAACUGCGAACAACAUCAACACCAGCACCACCCAUCCCGCAGGCGAAUCGGCACCGGAGAUCACCACCGAAGCUUCGCCUCCGAGUUAUGAACAACACGACAAGGAAGUCAUGCCAGCAUCAGUACCAGCCGUUGCUUCCACUGCCCCGACCUCUCCUCCGCUUGAAAAGACCGCAUGGCAAUCUGCCACACAGACCCCAGCUGCCCAGCCAGGCCAAGGCCUGAUUGCCCAGAGAACAGCCGACCUGAACCAACUCGGUGAAGAGCCGCGCCUGGUCAACUGCCCCUUCUGCCACCACCAGGUCAUGACACGAGUCCAGAAAGAAAGCACCAGUGCCACAGGAAUGGCAGCUGUGGGCUGUUGUCUCUUCGGCGGCAUUAUCUGCGCCUUCCUCCCCUACUGCAUGGAAAUGUGCCACGAUAGCCACCACUUCUGCACAAACUGUGGGCAGAAAGUAGCCAUUCGGCCACACGAUGGCCAAGUGCAGGUGUUUUUGCCGCAGAACCCUGUGGUCACAGCGCCUGGGCAGGUCCAGCCCCCGCAAGCAGUCGCAAUGACUCACGAGAACAUGGGCAAGAACUAG